GACAUUGCCAAUUGCCAUCACCAUCUUGGCAGAAAUCCUCCUCCAAGAUGGUCGUUUUGGGCCAACAACGUACGACUCCUCCCACAGGGGGGCUGCUGCCGGAGAAAUCCGUGCAGGAGCAGAACUCAGUCUCAUCAUCUUCCUCCACCCGACAGAUGAUUGGAGGAGGUAUCCAGUGGUGGAGCAGGUCGCUGUGGGUCAAGUCCAGGGCGUGGAUCCGGAACCCCAUGAACAUGGCCCUGUCCGUCUGGAUCCUGGCCGUCGGCGUCUCGGGCGCCAUCCUCUUCAUGGUGAUGACGGGGAUGCUCAACCGCGUGCUGCCAAGCAAGCCGCGGAGGGACACGUGGUUCGAGGUGAACAACCAGAUCCUGAACGCGCUCUUCACCCUCAUGUGCCUGUACCAGCACCCGAGGAGGUUCUACCACCUGGCCCUCGUGUGCCGCUGGAAGGCCGGCGACAUGCACCAGCUCCGCCAAGCGUACUGCAAGGACGGGGCCUGCAAGCCCAACGAGAGGAAGCACAUGACGGCUGUCAUCCUGCUGCUCCACCUCAACUGCUUUGCUCAGUACGCGCUCUGUGGCCUCAACCUUGGCUACCGGAGGCCCCGGCGUCCGGUGGUCGGUGUCGCCCUCACCGUAGCGGUCGCCAUCUGCGCGCCGGCCGUCGCUGGGAUGUACAACAACCUCAGUCCUCUCGGGAGAGACUACGAGGCGCCGGCGCCGGCGGAGGGGAUGAUAAUAAGUGAGGAAGAGUCGCAGCUCCAGCGCAAAACGCCCGACACCGAGAGGCGCUACUCGUUGGUGCCACGGCAAGGACAAGGAGAAGAACCGCAGUGGGUCGGCGGGCUGUGGGAGGACCUGUGGGACGACAUGUCGCUGGCGUACCUGUCGCUGUUCUGCAGCUGCUGCGUGUUCGGGUGGAACGCGAGCAGGCUCGGCUUGGGCAACAUGUACGUCCACGUCGCCACCUUCGUGCUCCUGUGCCUGGCGCCCUUCUUCAUCUUGGACCUGGCGGCCAUCAACGUGGACGACGAGGCGGUCAGGGACGCGCUGGGGCUGGCCGGCAUCUUCCUCUGCGUGUUCGGCCUGCUCUACGGCGGAUUCUGGAGGAUCCAGAUGCGCAGGCGGUUCGGCCUCCCCGAGAACCGCGCCUGCUGCGGCAAGCCGGACCUCACCGACUGCCUACUGUGGCUCUGCUGCUACCCGUGCUCGCUAGCGCAGGAGGUCCGUACGGCAGACGCCUACGAGGUGGUGGUGGUGCUGGACACGCCGAUGCAUCGCCAUCCGACUCUGCAGGAAGAGCUGGCCACGAUGCAGGAGCCACCAGAUGAAGAAGAAGGAGGCGGUGUCAUCCCCCCUUCGACAGUGUCAGCUACACGCUCAUAAGCAGUACCCAACAUGUACAGGAUGAGCAGUUUCAAUUUCAACAUCAGGUGGUCAUUUCAAUGUAUCCAUGCAGCCGCUGAAUAUCAUCAUUAAAAAAAGCAGCAAAAACAGCCUUCUCUAGUAAAGAUCAUCUUCGUCGUC